AUGGCUGGAAGUUGGUGUUUGGUUCAGAUUUCGUUGGUCUGUGCAUUCUGUCAUGCUGUUCCACAGUGGAGUAAGUCGCUUCAGGAUGUUCAAGCUCUGAUGAUGCAGCAAACUGACCAGCAGUUUCAGCUCCAGAAGACAGUUCAACAGCUAACUAACCAACAGUUUCCGCUUCGGAAGCCAGUUCAACAGCUAACUAAGCCGCAGUUUCCGCUUCAGAAGCCUGUUCAACAGCUAACUAACCAGCAGUUUCCACUUCAGAAACCAGUUCAACAGCUUCCUACACCUCAGUUUCCACUUCAGAAGCCAGUUCAACAGCUACCUACCCCGCAAUUUCCACUUCAGAAGCCAGUUCAACAGCUACCUACCCCCCAAUUUCCACUUCAGAAGCCUGUUCAACAGCUAACUAACCAGCAGUUUCCGCUUCAGAAGCCAGUUCAACAGCUACCUACCCCGCAAUUUCCACUUCAGAAGCCAGUUCAACAGCUACCUACCCCCCAAUUUCCACUUCAGAAGCCUGUUCAACAGCUAACUAACCAGCAGUUUCCGCUUCAGAAGCCAGUUCAACAGCUACCUACCCCGCAAUUUCCACUUCAGAAGCCAGUUCAACAGAUAACUAAGCCGCAGUUUCCGAUUCAGAAGCCAGUUAAACAGCAGUUUCAGAAGCCAGUAGUGCAGGCAGAGCCCCUUGAUAAAUGUGCUGUAGCUGAUUCUGAGCAGAUCCAAUGUGGUCUACCUGGGAUCAGUGGUGCUGAGUGUGAAGCUAUCAACUGCUGCUUUAACGGACAGCAGUGUUUCUAUGGAAGGGCGGUGACUGUCCAGUGUAUUAGAGAUGGUCAGUUUGUGGUAGUGGUGUCUAGAGACGUUACUCUGCCUCGACUGAGUCUGGAUACGGUUCAUCUACUGGGUGGAAAUGACCCACCUUGUGCUCCUGUGGGGUCUACACCUUCCUUUGCUAUAUACCAGUUCCCUGUGACCGCAUGUGGCACGAGCGUGAUGGAGGACAGCGGAUAUGUGGUGUAUGAAAACCGAAUGACCUCCUCGUAUGAAGUGGGGAUUGGACCAUAUGGUUCCAUCACAAGGGACAGUCAUUUUGAGUUUCUCUUCCAGUGUAGAUAUUCGGGAACUUCUGUGGAAGCUCUGGUUGUGGAGGUCAACUCUGUUCCUCCACCUCCACCAGUAGCUGCUCCUGGACCUCUCAGGGUGGAGCUCAGACUGGCCAAUGGCCAAUGUGUCACCAAAGGCUGUGCUGAAGGGGAUGAGGCCUACACGUCCUAUUACAGUGACGCUGAUUAUCCCAUCACAAAAGUCCUGCGAGAGCCUGUGUAUGUUGAGGUGCACAUUAUGGAGAGGACCGACCCCAACAUUGUCCUGACGCUGGGACGUUGUUGGACGACUUCAACCCCCAGUCCACUCAGUCUCCCCCAGUGGGACCUUCUGAUCGACGGAUGCCCUUACCAGGACGACCGCUAUCUGACCACACUGGUUCCAGUGACUGGAUCGUCUGGUCUUCAGUUCCCAACCCACUACAAGCGCUUUGUUGUGAAGAUGUUCACAUUUGUAGAUCCAGCCUCACUGGCUGCUCUGAAGGAAACCAUCUUCAUCCACUGCAGUACAGAGGUGUGCCAUCCAUCAUCUGGCUCUUGUGAGCAAAGCUGCACUAGGAAACGAAGAGACACUCGUAUCAAGGCUGUCUCUGGGGAGCAGACUGUGGUUUCUAGUGGAGAAGUUACUCUGGUCAUGUAAAUCUAGUGUUUUU